CUUCGCAAUGGGUCAGGAAGAGAAGAAGAAAGGCGGACGCGGCAGCAACGAGCGAUGGCAGCCAUCAGAAAGAAGUUGGUGAUAGUUGGGGAUGGUGCAUGCGGGAAGACCUGUCUGCUCAUUGUCUUCAGUAAGGACCAGUUCCCUGAGGUCUAUGUCCCCACAGUGUUUGAAAACUAUGUGGCAGACAUUGAGGUGGAAGGAAAGCAGGUGGAGCUUGCAUUAUGGGACACAGCAGGCCAGGAGGACUAUGACAGACUGAGGCCUCUCUCUUAUCCAGACACUGAUGUUAUUCUCAUGUGCUUCUCUGUAGACAGCCCUGACAGUUUAGAGAAUAUUCCUGAAAAAUGGACUCCUGAAGUUAAGCAUUUUUGUCCAAAUGUUCCUAUCAUCCUUGUGGGCAACAAGAAAGACCUGCGCAAUGAUGAGCACACAAGGCGAGAGCUUGCCAAAAUGAAACAGGAGCCAGUGAAACCCGAAGAUGGCAGAGAAAUGGCAAGCCGCAUCUAUGCCUUCAGUUACCAGGAGUGCUCUGCCAAAACCAAAGAUGGCGUGAGGGAGGUAUUUGAGAUGGCCACCAAGGCAGCACUGCAGGCCAAGAAACGUGGGAAGAAGUCCACCUGCCUUCUGCUAUAAGCUGACUGACUGAGAAUAAGAAGUUGCCCUUCAGCACACAUCAAGGGCAACUUUCACUUAUGACUUAGGGGAGGAUAUUGGGGAGGGCCGGGAAAAUUAACAGGGAUGCCUAAUUUCUAAUCAUCCAGUCACCUUCAGCAACGUUGGGCAAAUCUGAAAUGAUUUGAUAGGCAUCAACGCCAAGGCCUUUGCUCUGAAUGUUAAGAUUUUGUGCCAUAUUGCUUGCCACUAUCAAAAAUGUUUAGCUCUAGAUAGUUGUGUAAGGCAGGUGGUAGGGGGUGAUUUGUGAUUGGGCAGAUGCAAAGCAGGGUUGAACUGUCCCAUGAUGGGAAUGAAGAGAAUUUUGAUCCUUACUAGUCCAAAGACAACAGGGACACAAGAGAAAGCGAGAUAGAAAAGACAACAAAAAUAAAAAAAGCUUAGAAUAAAGGCCAUGUCUAAGAGGAUCUUACAUAGUAUUGCCCACAUGUAGUGCCUUGAGAGCUAUGGUCAGAAAGAGUCUCUUAGUGGAGGGAUAGGGAUUCAUAAUGUGGAUGGGGUGUUAAUUUGUCAUUUUUAGUGUCUGCUUCACCUUUGUGAAUGCUUUCUCUCCGUCAUUGGCUUGGCACCUUCAGGCCUAUGUUCUGACUCAGGCGCUAUGCAGGGGUAUGCCUAGAGUAUGUAUGAGAUAUUUUCCUGUACUGAAUUGCUUACCUGAUAAAUUUAGUUUUUUUUUUGUGUGUGUGAGUGAGAGCGUGCAUAUGUGUCUGUACUCAAUUGCAGGUCUGCAUGCAAUGUGAAUGUGUGUAUAUUUUUGUUUGACUCUUUUCUGUAUCUAUGUAUGCAUGUAAAGGCCUUUUCGUGUCACCUAACCCCUCUUGCCAUGCCAAAGUUACCCCCAUAUUUUAGCCAUAUUUUAUGGUUUAAACGGGUAAUGGAAUCAGAAGCUACUCAACGUGACAAAACUUAACAUUACUUUACUAGAAGACCGUGAAUCAUCGCUAAAGGCACAAUCAGUUUGACUAUUUGUUCAGUUUUUAGGACCUUUUUGUGUAUACAAGUGAUUGUGUUAAUUAGUGGGUUUAAUCAUAAGUGGUAUAGCUGAUCAAUUGAAUUUGUUUUCUGAUUAGAAGAAGGUAAGCUAUUUUAUUACUAUAGCAUCCAGUUAUGUACUGUAUGUCUUACAAGGCCUUGUAAGGACAUCCUUAUGGUGUGUAUUUCCAAGUUUGCUUUU